AUGGGACAACAGCAGUCGAAGAACGCAUCACGGUCGAAUGGGGGAGGACUGCAGGUCGAAGGCCUGCAGGCGUAUCCUUCGAUCUCAAAAUCCGACACGAAGGACUCCAGCCGCUCGAUCCGUGGCUCCAUUCGCUCCAAGAUACCAGGAAGUGGGAAGGGCGACAGAGCAGACAGCCCAAGGGGCUCCAAUGGAACCCUUGUGCGCUCAGAUAGUGCUCCCAUUGAGGGUCUAGAUGCUGCCUUUGCUCGCUCUUCCAUCUCCCGACAUGCACGCAAUCUGUCCGGCUCAUCGAUGCCAGUGCAUUCGGCCAGCUCUCAGGAUGACCUGCAGAACGAAGCACCCAAGCCUCCACCUUCUCCUCCACAUUCGUCCUCGAUCGGCCGUGGGCACAAAGACGUCUCCGCCGCACAAAAGUCAGGGGAAGUUGACCACGUGUCAGAUGCUCCCCCAUCGCAGGUCGCACCAUCGACCGUCGCCCAGAAGGCAGGCGAAUCCAUCCUUAUCAAGCGAGAGAAUUCAAUCAACCCUGUCUUAAGAGAGUCCGGUUCUAGAUCGAUAACAGAUCAAAACGGAACUAAUGGAUCCCCAGGUAUGACUAUUGGUGCCUUGAAGUCCAUUGAUGUCGACGAUAUGAUCACCCGGCUGCUUGAUGCCGGAUACUCUACCAAAGUCACAAAGGCAGUAUGCCUGAAAAAUGCUGAGAUUAUUGCCGUUUGCACCGCCGCCCGGGAACUGCUUCUGACCCAGCCUGCGCUGCUCGAACUGUCGGCGCCAGUGAAGAUCGUUGGCGACGUCCAUGGCCAAUAUACCGACUUGAUCAGGCUUUUUGAGAUGUGCGGAUUCCCCCCAAACUCCAACUACCUUUUCCUCGGCGACUACGUCGACCGGGGCAAACAGAGUCUAGAAACCAUCCUCCUUCUACUCUGCUACAAGCUUAAAUAUCCCGAGAAUUUCUUCCUUCUACGUGGUAACCACGAAUGCGCCAAUGUCACACGUGUCUACGGGUUCUACGACGAAUGCAAACGACGAUGCAACAUUAAGACCUGGAAAACGUUUGUCGACACAUUCAACUGCCUUCCCAUCGCAGCUAUCGUUGCUGGUAAAAUAUUCUGCGUUCACGGCGGGCUAUCCCCAAGUCUAUCUCAUAUGGAUGACAUCCGCGGUAUUGCUCGACCAACUGACGUUCCCGACUAUGGGCUCUUGAAUGAUUUGCUAUGGAGUGAUCCGGCCGACAUGGAGGAAGACUGGGAACCCAACGAACGAGGCGUAAGCUAUUGUUUUGGAAAGAAGGUCAUCAUGGAAUUCCUACAGAGACACGAUUUCGAUCUCGUGUGCCGCGCCCACAUGGUCGUCGAAGAUGGCUACGAGUUCUUCAACGAUCGUAUCCUCGUCACCGUCUUUUCUGCGCCUAAUUACUGUGGUGCAUUCGACAAUUGGGGUGCCAUCAUGUCCGUUUCCGACGAGCUCCUUUGCAGUUUCGAGCUAUUGAAGCCCCUGGAUUCAAGCGCUUUGAAGAGCCAUAUAAAGAAGGGCAGAAACAAGCGAAACAACAUGCUCAACAGUCCAGCUGAAUCGGAAUUGGGACUGAUCCCCUUGAGGUUUUGA